CUUAACCGUAUUAGCAUUAACGAGGGUUAUUAAAAGUUAUUGGUUCCUUAUUACUGCUUUUUAAACUGAUAGCUUGUUUUAACUAGUCGAUUCUAAUAUUCUGUUGUCCUUCUCACAAUUAAUAUUGUGUCUUUGUGCGGGGUUUGCGUAUGUAAUAGCAGCUGAAGAGAAAUAUGAAGGCACUUAUUUUAGUUGGUGGUUAUGGAACUCGUCUCCGGCCGUUAACGUUGACCUAUCCCAAACCAAUUGUAGAAUUCUGCAACAAACCACUUUUACUUCAUCAGAUCGAAGCACUUGCUAAGGUUGGAGUGACAGAAGUUAUCUUAGCUGUUAGCAAGUGUGCUGACCGAAGUGAUAUCUUGGAGAAGGAGCUGUCAAAAUACGAGAAGAAAAUUGGCACUAAAAUAACUUUCUCUUAUGAAACUGAAGCAAUGGGGACUGCUGGUCCAAUAGCCGUAGCUAAAGAUAUUCUCCUUGAUGAUGAAGGCCCAUUUUUUGUACUCAACAGUGAUAUUAUGUGCGAGUUCCCUUUCAAAGCUCUCAUGGAAUUUCAUAAAAAUCAUGGAAAAGAAGGAACUAUUUUGGUGACCCAAGUAGAAGAACCUUCCAAGUAUGGUGUUGUCUUAUUCGAUCCGGCAACUGGACGUGUGGAUCGUUUUGUAGAAAAGCCAAUUGAAUUUGUUGGUAAUAAGAUCAAUGCUGGUAUAUACUUACUCAAUCCUAGUGUUAUCGACAAGAUACCUCUACGUCCAACUUCAAUUGAGAAAGAGAUAUUCCCAGAGAUGGCUAGUGAUAAACAAUUAUAUUGUAUGACGUUAUCAGGUUUUUGGAUGGAUGUUGGACAACCAAGCGAUUUUCUUAAAGGUACACACUUGUAUCUUAAUUAUUUAAAACAGUCGAAUACUAUAAAAGACAUGACUCUGGCUACAGGUUCUCACAUUCACGGGAAUGUUUUAAUACAUCCAACAGCUUCAGUUUCACCUACAUGUGUUCUUGGACCAAGUGUUGUCAUUGGCGCUAAUUGUGUUGUUGGUGAUGGGGUACGAAUUCGGAAUACUACAUUACUUCAAGGCAGUGUUGUUAACUCUCAUUCAUGGAUAGAAAAUUGUAUUAUUGGUUGGAAUUGCACAGUUGGACAAUGGGUGAGAAUGGAAAAUGUGUCUGUAUUAGGCGAGGAUGUGGUUGUUUCCGAUGAAUUAUUUGUAAACGGCGCUCGUGUAUUACCGCACAAGAGUAUUGCACAAUCAGUUAUAGAACCACAAAUUAUCAUGUAAUCCAAGGGGAACCCAUCUUCAGGGAUAAUGAUGAGAUAAUGCAAUACUGCUGAUGAUUGUCUACAUCACAGGUGACUUUCUUUGUUGGAAAACAACAACAACAACAACACUUUCCAAUACUGUGAUCAGAAUAUUUCUCUUCCAUACUGACAUUUUUACCGAGUUUCUUUUCUGAUUUUACUUCAGUCAUUUUGUAUAGCAAAAAAUAUUGUUUUUUUUCUCUAGGGUGUUUAUGUUUUCCACGUUUUCUCAUUGGUAUUGCCAUGCCAAUUAUUUUGUUUACGUGUUAUCAAUACUCUUUUGUUAUGAAAAUAUUCUUUCUUCUUUGUCUGAAUGUGACCGAAUCCUGUUGACAGUGAAACCGCUCACAUAACGUUUGUUAUUCAGAAAAAAAAUGACUUCUUGUUGGAGGAGAGUUUAUUUUCUGUGUCUGUGUGUGUGUGUAUGUUCACUGUUGGUGCAGUCUUUCUUUGGGAAUGUUUAGUUACCAUUUCAGUAAUAUAACCGGUUGAAUAUUUUGUU